ACGUGCCAUUUGCGCAUAGGAACCCAAAUGGUAGAAUCUAUGACACUGCUAAAUUCUUAAAAAUGAGUGGAUCUGAAAAUGUGGCCACAAGCGCGAUGUAUCAGAUGCAAAGAUUUACUUGGGUUGAUUAUGUUGUAUUUGUGUUUAUGUUGGCAAUAAGUGCAUUCGUUGGCGUGUAUUGGGGAUUUUUUAAAAAACAAACGACACAGAAUGAUUACCUUCUUGGAGGUAGGAACAUGAAGGUGAUUCCAGUUUCUAUGUCAUUGGUAGCAAGUUUCGUCUCAGGUAUUACGUUGCUGGGAUCACCAACCGAAGUAUAUAUGUAUGGGACCCAAUAUGCCUACAUCAUGGGUGGUAUAUUACUUAUGUCAAUCAUUAUGACUCAGGUUUAUUUACCAGUAUUUCAUGACCUCAAAAUUACGUCUAAUUAUGAGUACUUAUCAAUGAGGUUCGACAAUAGAGUUCGAUUGUUUGGAUCAAUCCUAUUCACCUUCACACUGAUAGGUUGGCUCCCGAUAGUAAUCUAUGUGCCGGCAUUGGCUUUUAAUCAAGUUACUGGUGUCGACAUUCAUGUAAUUACGCCAAUUGUUUGCUUAGUUUGCAUUUUUUACACAAGUGCGGGUGGCUUGCAAGCUGUUGUAUGGACAGAUGUUAUUCAAAUUACGUCAAUGGUGGGAGCUAUGGCUUUAGUAGCUAUUAAGGGAACGAUAGAUGUUGGUGGUAUAGGAACAGUGUGGAAUAGAAAUAUGGAAAGUGGACGGAUUGAAGCACCUAAUUGGGACCCUCGCCCUACCGCUCGUCACACUAUCUGGAAUUUAGUUCUUGGUGGUCUGAUUUAUUGGCUUCAAGCGAAUUCAGUAAAUCAAACAAUGGUGCAGCGUUACUUGGCCCUGCCAACUUUGCGGGGCGCUAAAUGGGCAGUUGUUCUGUUCUGCAUUGGUAUAUCAAUACUGUACUGUUUCUGCUUGUAUUGUGGAUUACUGAUAUAUGCUCGGUUCUAUGAUUGUGAUCCAUUACAAACAAAGUUAGCGAAGGCAAAAGAUCAGUUGCUACCGCUACUAGUCAUGGAUGUUCUUGGUGAUAUACCUGGUCUACCUGGUGUUUUUAUUGCUGGAAUAUUUAGCGCAGCACUUAGCUCUUUAUCGACAAGUUUGAAUUCAAUGUCAGCGGUGGUAUUGGAAGAUUUUUACAAGCCGUUUUACAAGAGGCAACUCUCUGAACGGCAAACUAACUGGCUUUUAAAAGGUGUCGUUAUAAUGCUGGGAAUACUUUGCUUAGGAUUGGUAUUUAUCGUUGAAAAGAUGGGAACUAUCUUGCAGCUCACGAUGACGCUUGAAGCUAUGACAAUGGGACCACAACUUGGUGUUUUUUCAAUGGGAAUCUUAAUGCCAUGGGUGGAUGCUUUGGGAGCGUUAGUGGGUGGUAUGACCGGACUUGCUGUGAUGGCGUGGUGGUGUUUAUCAGCACAAUUAGCUAUUGCGAAUGGCCUAAUCUAUCACCCCCACAAGCCUCUAACAACAGAAGGAUGUCAGUAUAAUUAUACUCUUGUCGAAACAGUGUUUCGUCACGAACAGGGUCAAGAAGUCAGUCCUAUUUUACAUGUGUCAUACAUGUGGUAUACCCUGGUCGGUGCUGUGAUGACGAUCAUCGUCGGUGUGACAGUCUCUAAAAUAAACAGAUGGCGAGGUCAAGCCUAUGUUCCUCCAGCACCGAAACUUCUCGCACCAAUAAUACGGAGGCUUUAUAGGGAUCCACCGCAUCCAACUGACGAGCGGUUUAUUAGGGCAUAUGGCUGUGAUAAGAAUGAAGUUAAUUCAACGAACAUAAAUAUGAAACCUAUUACCGAGUGCGACGAGAUGAGCUGAGGGAUAACUGUCAAACAGACAAUACGUAUUUAAUAAAUAGUUC